AAGGCCCCAGCAGCUAGAGAGCCACACUCCGGGACGAGCCUCUCUGGGGUCCCCGCCCCCGUCACGUGGGUGCCGGACCGGGUUAGUGUUGGCGGGUCGGCCACUUAGUUGGCAGUUGGUUCUUGGGCCGGUGGCCUGUCACUUGGUUCUCGGCUCUUAUGUUGGAAAGAGUAAGGGACACACCGGAGCGACCUGCAUACCUGAGCCUCCGAGAGAGAAGCUGCGCUCUUCCUCCAGUAGCAGCAGGAGGAGACUAAGCAGAUAAAAGGCGCCAUGACUUCUGACGCGAGUCAUAUGCUGGAAGCUGCCUUGGAGCAGAUGGAUGGGAUCAUCGCAGGCACUAAAACGGCUGCAGAUUUUAGUGAUGGUACCUGUGAGUCCGGGCUGUCUCCUCCAUCCUCCUGCUUGAACUCCAUGCCUGUGCUCCAUCUCAUCGAGGACCUGAGACUGGCCUUGGAGAUGUUGGCACUUCCUCAGGAAAGAGAAGCCCUCCUCAGCCAGAUCCCUGGCCCAACAGCUGCCUACAUAAAGGAGUGGUUUGAGGACAGCUUGUCCCAGGUAAAUCACCACAGUGCUGCUAGUAAUGAAACCUACCAGGAACGCCUGGCGAGGCUAGAAGGAGAUAAAGAGUCCCUCAUACUGCAGGUGAGCGUCCUCACAGAUCAAGUGGAAGCCCAAGGAGAGAAGAUUCGGGACCUUGAAGUGUGUCUGGAAGGUCACCAGGUGAAACUCAAUGCUGCGGAAGAGAUGCUUCAGCAGGAGCUGCUAAGUCGCACAUCUCUGGAGACCCAGAAGUUGGAUCUGAUGACUGAGGUGUCUGAGCUGAAGCUCAAGCUGGUUGGUAUGGAGAAAGAACAGAAAGAACAGGAAGAAAAACAAAGAAAAGCAGAGGAGUUACUGCAAGAGCUCAAGCACCUCAAAAUCAAAGUGGAGGAGCUGGAGAACGAACGGAACCAGUAUGAGUGGGAGCUGAAAGCCACUAAGGCUGAGGUAGCCCAGCUGCAAGAACAGGUGGCCCUAAAAGAUGCAGAAAUCGAGCGUCUUCACAGCCAACUCUCUCGGAAUACAGCUCUCCACAGUGACCAUGCAGAGCGAGAUCAAGAAAUCCACCGUCUGAAAAUGGGAAUGGAAACACUGCUGGUUGCCAAUGAGGAUAAGGACCGUCGGAUAGAGGAGCUGACAGGGCUGUUGAACCAGUACCUAAGGGUAAAGGAGAUUGUGAUGGCAACUCAGGGGCCUUCAGAGAGAACCCUCUCAAUCAAUGAAGAUGAAAUAGAGGGAAGCUUCCGGAAAUGGAACGCUACAAGUAAAAGCCCAGAGGAAGUAGUGAAACAAGAGGUAUUGCCACGAUGCAGCUCUCCCACCCCAGGGCCACCUCCAUUGCCACAGAAAUCAUUGGAGACCAGGGCUCAGAAGAAACUCUCCUGUAGUCUAGAAGACUUGAGAUGUGAAUCUGGGAAUAAGUGUAUCAAUGGGAACCAGACGUCCCCGGUGGGAGAGCCCAAGGACAGCUCUUUCCUAGCAGAGCAGAAAUACCCCACAUUACCUGGGAAGCUCUCAGGAGCCACACCCAAUGGAGAAGCUGCCAAAUCUCCUCCUACUGCCUCCCUCCAGCCUGACUCUUCAGGGAGCAGCCAGCCAAAGCUGAAUCGCGGCUGGAGUAUCAGUGCUCCCGUAUUAGGAGACACAGAAGGUGGUUGGGAAGAUAUCGUCAUGACCAAUGAACUCUCAUCUACUUCAUCUGGUACUGAGUCAAGCCCCCAGUCUCCCCUGACACCAGAUGGCAAACGGAGCCCCAAAGGCAUUAAGAAAUUCUGGGGAAAAAUCCGAAGAACUCAGUCAGGAAACUUCAACACUGAUGCACCGGGUAUGGCGGAGUUUCGACGAGGUGGUCUCCGGGCAACUGCAGGGCCAAGACUUUCUAGGACCAGGGACACCAAGGGACAGAAAUGUGAUGCCAAUGCCCCCUUUGCCCAAUGGAGCACAGAACGUGUAUGUACAUGGCUGCAGGAUUUUGGCCUGGCUCAGUACGUGAUCUUUGCCAGACAGUGGGUGGCAUCUGGCCAUACACUACUGACAGCUACCCCUCAGGACAUGGAAAAGGAGCUAGGGAUUAAACACCCACUCCAUAGGAAGAAGCUGGUUUUAGCAGUGAAAGCUAUCAACACCAAGCAAGAAGAAAAGUCUGCGCUGCUUGACCACGUUUGGGUGACACGGUGGCUUGAUGAUAUUGGCUUACCCCAAUACAAAGACCAGUUUUAUGAAUCAAGAGUUGAUGGGCGAAUGCUGCAAUACCUAACUGUGAAUGAUCUACUCUUCUUAAAAGUCACUAGCCAACUACAUCAUCUCAGCAUCAAAUGUGCUAUUCACGUGCUACAUGUCAACAAGUUCAACCCCAACUGCCUGCACAGGAGACCUGCUGAUGAGAGUAACCUUUCUCCUUCAGAAGUUGUGCAGUGGUCCAACCACAGGGUAAUGGAGUGGCUGCGAUCCGUGGACCUGGCAGAGUAUGCACCCAACCUUCGAGGGAGUGGCGUCCACGGUGGCCUCAUUAUCCUGGAGCCUCGUUUUACUGGGGACACCCUAGCUAUGCUUCUUAACAUCCCCCCACAGAAGACGCUCCUCAGGCGCCAUCUGACCACCAAAUUCAAUGCCCUGAUUGGUCCUGAGGCUGAACAGGAAAAGCGAGAUAAAAUGGCCUCACCAGCUUACACACCUCUGACCACCACAGCCAAAGUUCGGCCUAGGAAACUUGGAUUUUCACAUUUUGGAAACAUGAGAAAAAAGAAGUUUGAUGAAUCAACGGAUUACAUUUGCCCCAUGGAGCCUGGAGAUGCUGUCAGUGACAGCCACAAGGUCUACGGUGUCUACCGGGGCCUCAGUCCCCUUGAUAACCAUGAACUAGAUGGUCUGGACCAGGUGGGACAGAUAAGCUGACGCCCCUGUCAUCUGCCUUCUCUGUGCAAGGAGAGCUCACAGUAACAUCGCGUGUCACCAUAUAACUGCACUUCACCCUCGUCCUUGUGCAUGACCUGCAAAAAAAACAACUGUGUGUCUUUGGGCUGGUUUCCUUACACACCUUAAUGAUGGUCAGGAAUGCAGUUAUGCAACCACAAAGGGGACAGACUUUGGGGACUCUAGCCAAAUGUGGACUCAGGGGAGAUUACCUGGAGACAUUGUAUAUAUUUAGUAAUUCAUAAUAUCCGUAUUUCAGCUGGAAACACAUGAGCAGAGGCAGGCCCUGGCCAGUCCCAAAGGCUCAGUUCUCAGACACUGCCCCUAUACUUCUGUCACAGGAAGAAUUCAAGUGCCUUAGGCCUGGGAGCCACAAAGUCUUGGCUGAGAGCAAAGCGCCAACAGUGGGUAUUUAGGCCAUAGUGACAAUGUAAUUUGAUUGUACCUUACUAUAGGGCGGCCACUUCUUUCUGAUAAUAAAAACAGUAUUUAUAUAGAAA